AUGGAAAACGCUCCAGCUCAAGCAGUAAAUGUGCAUCCAAUGCAAACUCGAGCUAAAGCAGGUGUGCAUAAACCUAAUGCUAGGUAUGCUCUUCUUGCACCGAAGUACUCGGUUGCUCUUCCGAAAAAUAUUACAGAAGCUAUGAAACAUCCAGGGUGGAAUGAUGAUGUGUCUGAAGAGAUGAGGAUUAUUCAUAUGUUGAAUACUUGGACAUUGGUUCCACCUACGGAAGACAUGAACAUCUUGAGUAAUAGAUGGGUGCACACAGUGAAGCUGAACCCUGAUGGUGCUGUCAAGAAGCUUCGUUCUAGACUGGUAGCAAAAGGAUGUGCACAAGAAGAGGGCUUGGAUUACCUGGAGACAUUCAGUCCGGUGGUGUGCACUGCAACUAUAUGGUUAAUGCUGAAUAUUGCUACAACCAAAGCCUGGACAAUCAAACAAUUAGACGUUUCUAGUGCAUUUCUUCAUGGAGAACUGCAAGAGCCAGUGUAUAUGAAGCAACCAACAGGGUUUGUAGAUCCUGAGAAACCAGAUUAUGUGUGUAAACUCACCAAAGCGUUAUAUGGUCUCAAGCAGGCGCCAAGAGCGUGGUUUGAUACCUUCAGUAACUAUCUGCUUGACUUUGGUUUUGUGUGCAGCACGUCUGAUCCAUCUUUAUUUACUUACAAUCUACAUGACAGAUUCAUGGUGCUUCUACUCUAUGUCGAUGAUAUUCUUCUCACGGGUAGUGAAGAGAGUCUUCUUGAAGAGUUGGUGAAAUCUUUGUCUAAUCGUUUCUCUAUGAAAGACAUGGGAAGACCUUCAUAUGUUUUGGGCAUAGAGAUGGAGACGCACUCAGAAGCGUUGUUGAAGCGAAUACUCAGAUACUUGAAGGGAACACUGAGGUAUGACCUGCACAUCAAGAAGAAUGACAAUAUGACACUCAUGGCGUAUUGUGACAGUGACUGGGGAGGCUUCUCUUGGUCAGCUAAAAGACAGGACUCGGUGUCUCGUUCAUCCACGGAGGCUGAAUAUAGAGCCUUGGCAGAAACAGCUCAGGAAGUGACUUGGAUAUCUCAACUGUUGCGUGAUCUAAACAUCUCUCAAGACUCUGCCACGUUGAUGCUUUGUGAUAACCUCUCAGCUGUUUAUCUUACCACGAACCCUGUUCUGCAUAAGAAAUCGAAGCACUUUGAUCGAGACUGGCAUUAUAUAAGAGAACAAGUGGCUCUGGGCUUGAUUGAAACACAACAUAUUCCAGCUGAGCUUCAGAUAGCAGACAUCUUUACCAAAGCGUUACCGAGAAAAGCGUUUAUAAGCUUGAGAAGCAAACAUGGUGUUGAAGAAACUCCCACGCAAAGUUUGAGGGGGGAUGUUAGUGUAAAGGCCCAGAAGGCCCAGCACAUUACGAAUGAGGAAGUUCAUCUUCAUCAACGGUCAUCUUCAUUACAAAUGGUUUUGUCGUCUUGUAGAACAGAGGAGCUCGGUACGAUCUCAACACAGCUGCGCCUUAUCCACAACUCCUUUGCUCCUCUCUUAACGUCUAGUGUUAGCUAG